AUGACAAAGAUUGACUACUUCGUGAAAGGCGCAGUGGGAGGCAGGAACUCUGACGGAGAAAUUUACGCCCGGCAGGAGAUACAUGAUCUAUAUAAAGACAAAAGCCAAUGGCAGUUGUACCUUCUCGGCCUGCGAAAGUGGUAUGAUAUUUCUGCCGACCAUCCCCUGUCGUAUUUUCAAAUUGCCGGUAUCCAUGGCAUGCCAUACAAGCAAUGGAACGAGGAAGAAACUCAGAAAAUUGGCCUCGAUGAAACAAUUGGGUACUGCACUCAUACGACGGUUCUGUUCCCGAGUUGGCAUCGGCCGUACCUGAUCAUGUAUGAGCAACGGCUGCAAGAGGUUUUGAUGCAAGAGGUCUUGCCCAAGAUCCCAUCCUCGGAGCAGGUAAAGUGGAAGAAGGAAAUUGAAAAGUUCCGUGUUCCUUAUUGGGACUGGGCCGUGCCUAGUCCCGAGCUACAGAAAAACAAGACCGCGUCGGAUAAAAUCAAGCGUGACUGGCUCCCGCCUGAUAGCUGGGAGGCUACUCUGCCUAUCUUCAUUCCAGGACAUGAAGGUCCAAUUGCAAAUCCUCUCUAUAAAUUUUCCAUGCCGGGAGGUAAAACGAUGGGAGAUUAUGGUGUUUCAUAUCUUCAAGCUGACGAAAAUGAUAAGGUGCUUUACGGUAACUGCACUGGCCUUAGCCGAUGCCCGAAAGCCAAAUAUUACACUAGCACGGAAGUUCAUACGGCAGAAUACAAGAAGUGGCGGGAGGGUGAAGUUGACAACGAACAAAUUUACGCCAACUUCAAAGCCUUGCCAUGGGUCAAUAUCAGCGAAACAGAUGAUGCCUCCAAGGAGAUCCACGAGAAGUUUGCGAAAUUCAACGGAGGAAGCAGGGCAGCAGAGAAUGUGUAUCGCAUGUUCACAUAUUCAACCAACUAUGAGAAUUUUGCUAGUGCUGGUGGCCUUGGAGAAGCCACUGCAGGCUCCAAUAAGUUGCCGCAAGGGCAUUGGUAUCAGAGCUUGGAGGCUAUUCAUAACAGCAUCCAUUGUGACCCCUUCUUUUGGCUGCAUCAUGCUGAUGAUGGCUACAGGAAUAUUGAACGAUUCUUUUCCAUGUGGCAAUUCCUUCAUAACGACAAGCCAGACUCAAUUAGCUGGUUUGAAAAAAGGUCUGAGAAAGUGGCAAAUACAAGCGGCCAGCCUGUCAAUAAGGAAGGGAAAGUUUGGACCAAGGAUCAAGGAGAGGAGAAUGCGCUCAAAAGAGAGCGCGGUCCGGAUACGCCACUGACGCCUUUCCGAAAGACUAAAGAGAGUAACCUGACUUCCAAUGACGUUCGAGAUAUUUCUGAGUUCAACUAUACUUAUCCACAAUUGCAACGCCGAGGUCGCAGUGAUGCUCAAAUCAAAGAAGACAUCUGGACAGAGAUCAACCAAAAGUAUUCUCCCUAUCGGAAACAAGUACUAAAACAGGGAACGAGCCAAAAGGGAGAUUUGGAAGUUGUCGUAAAUAUUGAAUACAACAAAUAUCUGUUUGGAGGAAAGCCCUAUGUCAUCAAAUUGUACCUCAGACGUGGUCAGAAUAAGGACCCACGAAGUGAACAAAUUGGAGAUAUCUAUAACUUCAGCGCACCUGGAAAAAGUGACAACGGCGAGGUCUGCUCGAAUUGUGUUCAGCAGGAGGCAUCCGGUCUCCGAUGCCGCGCACAAUUUACACUUAGCGAUCUCAAAGCUUAUUUUAAAGCGGUAGAUUCCACUUUGGAUACAGAUGACGAAGAUUCCAUUGAAAGAUUCUUGAAAGAGCGGCUCUAUGUGAUGGUUUACGCCACUUCUGGUCGUGCCAUCGCAUUUCAACUUGGAGACAACAGCCAACAAGCACCCAUCCAAGUGGCCAUCGCUUCAACUCGUGUGCAAUAUAGCGAGGAUGAGACAAAAUGCAGCAAUUUCGAGGAAUUCAAAACAUUUCCGCAGCUUGCUGGUGACAUGGCUAAUUUGCUUUUGGUUCCUCCCGGCGCCUUGAUCUUGUCUUUGACUGGUAGCGUGCUCGGCACUUUGGACGAGAGUGGCCAGGUGAUUACUGCUGCUGGAAAAAAAGCUCUACGGGAUGUUACGGGUAUUACCAACAAUGGCUUUGAUGACCUGUUAAAAAUCGGAUUUGGGACCGUUGCAGGAGUCACGGAGGCUAUCAGUAAUGCAACGACAUUCCUCGCAUCAAGUUUGGGCGGCAAUGGUCGGGAUGAUAAAGCCGACAGGAACAAUGAUAACAGUGGUAACAAUGGGGGUUUGGGAGGACUUGGUUCAGCUUUCGGAUUUUAG